GUUACUUCCUGAGCUUUCUGGAGCCUGUGAACAAUAUCACCAUAGUCCAGGGCCAGACUGCGAUCCUGCACUGCAAGGUGGCCGGCCACCCGCCCCCCAGCGUGCGCUGGCUGAAGAACGACGCCCCGGUGGUGCAGGAGCCCCGGCGCGUCAUCGUCCGGAAGACCGAGUAUGGCUCUCGGCUCCGCAUCCAGGACCUGGACACAACAGACACCGGCUACUACCAGUGCGUGGCCACCAACGGGAUGAAGACCAUCACCGCCACCGGUGUCCUGUUCGUGCGGCUUGGUCCAACACACAGCCCAAAUCAUAAUUUUCAAGACGAUGACCACGAGGACGGGUUCUGCCAGCCUUACCGGGGCAUCGCUUGCGCUCGCUUCAUCGGGAACCGCACCAUCUACGUGGACUCCUUGCAGAUGCAGGGGGAGAUCGAGAACCGCAUCACAGCGGCCUUCACCAUGAUCGGCACGUCCACGCACCUGUCGGACCAGUGCUCCCAGUUUGCCAUCCCGUCCUUCUGCCACUUCGUGUUCCCGCUGUGCGACGCACGGUCACGGGUGCCCAAGCCGCGCGAGCUGUGCCGCGACGAGUGCGAGGUGCUGGAGAGCGACCUGUGCCGCCAGGAGUACAGCAUCGCCCGCUCCAACCCCCUCAUCCUCAUGCGGCUGCAGCUGCCCAAGUGCGAGGCACUGCCCAUGCCCGACAGCCCCGACGCCGCCAACUGCAUGCGCAUCGGCAUCCCCGCGGAGCGGCUGGGCCGCUACCAUCAGUGCUACAACGGCUCGGGCACGGAUUACAGGGGGACAGCGAGCACCACUAAGUCGGGGCACCAGUGCCAGCCGUGGGCCCUGCAGCACCCCCACAGCCACCACCUGACCAGCGCAGACUUCCCUGAGCUCGGAGGGGGGCACGCCUACUGCCGGAACCCCGGGGGGCAGAUGGAAGGCCCCUGGUGCUUCACAAAGAAUAAACACGUGCCCAUGGAGCUGUGCGACGUGCCCUCCUGUAGUGAGUGUCCCCCCCGCUCUCUCUCUCUCUCUCUCUCUCUAAGUGGUGGCUGCUGAAGGCAGUUGGUGGUGACAUGGACCGGGAGGCUGUUGGCUUGGGUGCCACCCAUCCCACCAUCAUGACAUUUAUUUUAAAUAAAACUAUUGUUGGUUAUAAAAGUAAUAUCUUGUCAUUAUACGACAUUUUAAAUUAUAGAAAAGUGCAAAUCACCCCUAAUUGCCUCAUUCUGUUUGCAUUCUGCCAGCCCUUUUCCUGUGCCUGGUCCUGGGAUAUUCAGUUUGCAUCUUGCUUCUCCGUUAACAUUGUCACCUGACAUUCCC